CUUUCGUCACAUCAUCAGCGAGCCAAACCCAUUACUCCUCACUCCCGUUCCCCCCACACUGCUGGGGCACGCACGCCGUCCGCAAGUACAGGCGGGAUAUCCAUAAAAGUGAGCCUCUUUGCACGCACAACUCUGCUAGCAGAGGCAGAGGGGGAAUUGAUUGAUCUGGCGCAACUAAUUCCUGCACAGCCCCGCGCGAUCAUGGCUGCUGCUGCAACGAGGAGGGCCGCCUCCUCCCUCGUCUCCCGCUGCCUGCUCGGCAGGCCCGCAGCGUCGCCCGCUGUCCCCUCCGCCUUCCGCAGGGCAGAUGGGACACGAGGACUGGUGCCGGGAGUCCUUCAGAGGUUUGGCACUGCAGCAGUAGCAGAGGAACCUAUUUCACCACCUGUUAAAGUGGGAGAGACAAAGCUUCUUAUCAAUGGCAAAUUUGUUGAUGCUGUAUCUGGUAAGACUUUUCCAACUCUGGACCCUCGUACUGGGGAGGUGAUUGCUCAUGUGGCUGAAGGUGAUGCCAAAGACAUUGACCUCGCUGUUGCUGCGGCCCGCAAGGCAUUCGAUGAAGGACCAUGGCCAAGGAUGACUGCCUACGAGAGAUCCCGGAUUCUUCUGCGAUUUGCUGAUCUUAUAGAGAAGCACAAUGAUGAUCUUGCUGCAUUGGAGACUUGGGACAAUGGAAAGACGUUUGAGCAAGCUGCCCACAUUGAAUUGCCUAUGAUUGCGCGGCUUAUGCGGUACUAUGCUGGUUGGUCUGACAAGAUCCAUGGUCUCGUCGUGCCGGCUGACAGCCCACACCAUGUACAGGUCCUUUAUGAGCCGAUCGGUGUUGCGGGCCAGAUCAUCCCUUGGAACUUCCCACUUUUGAUGUUUGCCUGGAAAGUCGGUCCUGCCUUGGCGUCUGGGAACACUGUUGUGCUCAAGACUGCGGAACAAACUCCUCUGUCUGCCCUGUAUAUGGCUAAGCUGUUGCAUGAGGCUGGACUCCCCGAGGGUGUCGUGAACGUUGUAUCUGGUUUUGGUCCUACUGCUGGUGCUGCCCUUGCUAGUCACAUGGAUGUUGAUAAGGUUGCAUUCACUGGAUCAACCGAUACUGGCAAAAUUAUCAUGGAGUUGUCUGCAAGGAGCAAUCUCAAGCCAGUGACACUCGAGCUAGGUGGCAAGUCUCCUUUUAUCAUCAUGGAUGAUGCUGAUAUUGACCAUGCUGUUGAGCUUGCGCAUUUUGCGCUGUUCUUUAACCAGGGACAAUGCUGCUGUGCUGGGUCUCGCACAUUUGUACAUGAGCGUGUUUACGAUGAGUUUGUUGAGAAGUCGAAAGCUCGUGCUUUGAAGCGUGUAGUUGGUGACCCAUUCAGGAAAGGUGUUGAACAGGGCCCUCAGAUUGAUGAUGAGCAAUUCAACAAAAUCUUGCGCUACAUUAAGUCAGGUGUUGACAGUGGAGCCACCCUUGUGACGGGUGGUGACAAGUUAGGUGACAAAGGUUACUACAUCCAGCCAACAAUCUUCUCAGAUGUGCAGGAUGGCAUGAAGAUAGCUCAAGAGGAGAUAUUUGGGCCUGUUCAGUCAAUCUUCAAGUUCAAUGAUCUCAACGAGGUCAUCAAGAGGGCGAACGCGAGCCGCUACGGAUUGGCCGCCGGUGUUUUCACCAACAACCUGGGCACAGCCAACACCCUGACACGUGCGCUCAGGGCUGGGACUGUCUGGGUGAACUGCUUCGACAUCUUCGACGCGGCGAUCCCCUUCGGCGGGUACAAGAUGAGUGGCAUCGGUAGGGAGAAGGGCAUCGACAGCCUGAAGAACUACCUACAAACGAAGGCAGUCGUCACCCCAAUUAAGAACGCCGCGUGGUUGUGAUAAAAUCAUGUCAGAAACUGGAUAAUGGUGAAAUCGCGACAAUCGGAUGAAAUAAUGAUGAUGAUGAGGGUCUGAAAUAAGCUUUGCCCUAGCAUGCGUGGGCUGUUCGACGUCUCUAAUAAAUCUCAUGGUUGCUCGGUUUAUGUAAUUUGUUUCCUUUUUCUACUGCGGAAAGACAUAUGUGUUGUAGCAACAUGUUCAUUAAUUAUCGCUGGUUGGAGAAGUAUCAGUUUGGU